AUGGCAGCUGCUUCGUUACAAUCCCCUUCGUUACCCGCGUUACUGAAUCGCGUCGGCGAGCUACACGAAGAAGUGAGCGACGCGAUCGAGCGCAGCCUCCAAUGCGACUUCUUCCUCUCGACCUCCACUGCCGGUACCGUCGCCGCCGCCACCGCCGCCGCCGCAGAUUGCGCUUCUGCGGAGUCUUCCCCCUCUGGACCGCUGGUGGCUUCUCGGCUGUCGCAACAGGACACGCCCACCAAAAACUCUAGUAGCGGGGAUAAGUCUAGCGGGUCUGGAAGCAACACAAGCUCCCCCUCCUCUUCCUACCAACGCGCCUAUGAAAAACAUGUCGAGUCUGCCCGGAAGGCCGGGCAGGACGAAAACAUUCAAUCCGGGCAGGGAAGCGCCGAGGCGCGGAUGCUGAUUGCGCUCCGCGACGCGCUGGAGAUGCUUGAGUGGCACCUGGACCAGCUGCUACAGUGCGAGGAGUCGCUGCAGGAGAAACUUCAGGUGAAACAACAGAAGACGCAGCAACAGAUAAACCAUCUGCGCGCGCCGCAGCGGCAGGGGCGCAGGGCGAGCGCGGGGAAAUCCGGGGCGCGGGGAAUCAACGCCGCCGCCCUCGCGGCCGCUGCGGCUGCCAGAGCGGCCGCGGCGGCUGGAGCUGCGGCGGGCUCCGCGGAGGGGGAGCGCGAGGCGGAGGCGGAGGCGGCGGCGCAGUGGGCGCAGAUGGUGACGGAGUUAAAGAUGGCGGCGCGCAUAGUGGAGUCGCAGGGGCGGUGCCACCAGGGGCGCGAGGCGGAGGUGGUUGCGCGCAUUCAGCAGCUGGCGGAAGACGUUGACCUGGAGCCCUUCCCCUUCCCUUCCGCCCUUGCCGCUCCGCACAACCAGUUCCUGCAGCAGCAGCAGCAGCAGCAUAAGUUAUUCUCUUCUUCCGCCUUCUCCCCCUUAUCCGCCGCCCCGCUCCCCGCGUUGCUCCCUGCUCACGUGCCCUCCCCCUCUUCCUCCCCCUCCUCCCUCCUCCCCCAACCCCUCACUCCCGCGCAAGGCCCUGCCGCUGCGCCGUACUCCUCCGCACAUCCCUUCUCUCCCUCCCCCUCCCCCUUCUCCGCUUCCGCGCUCUCCCCUCCCCCCUCGAAGGAAGCUUCCAUGCAACUUCCGCCAUAUUACCAACACCCGGAAGUCGCAGUGAUGGGCGGAGGGGCGGUGGCGGAGGGGGAAGACUCCGAGGGGGACAGCCCCACGAGCGGGCAGGUCGGGCAGAAUCACUGGGAGGCGGGUAGGCCGCCGGUCAGGAGAAAAAUAUUCGGGCAAGAUUCGGAGAGCGAGGAGGAGAGUGAGGAAGAGAGUGAGGGAGAGACUGAGGAAGAGAGUGAAGGAGAGAGUGAGGGAGAGAGUGAUGGACAGAGCGAGGUAGAGGGGGAGGGCGAGAGUGCGGGUGCGGGACAUGCUGCCACUGACCCGGGCAAGUCUGAAGCGCCGAAGAAGCAUGCGACUGACGCCCUUGGGGGUGGGGAGGGGGGUGGGGAGGGAGGCAAGGAGGGAGCCGAUUCUCUUCCGCAGUCCCCACCUGACUCUCUUCCCUCCCCUCCCGUACCCCCACUAGAAGCCUCUCCGAUACACUCACGCCAGCCUCUACCAGACCAAGCUGUGCCGAACCUGGCUGCCGAACCUGACUCGCAGCCUGAACAGCAGGUCGGACAGCAGGUCCGGAACCAGCCGAACCAGAGCUGGGCUCUCCAGCCGAUCAACCAGGUUCGGGCUCUCACUCGUGUGGCGACUGGCGGUGCUAAAGCCAUUGAGAUGGUGGUGGGGAGGGUGGCCCGCCUCUCCUCCUUUCUCCUCCACCCCAUGACUCUCAGCCUUGGCGGGCUUGUUGGUGUCUCCCUUGGGAUUGCCGCUGCCACGUCAGCAAGGAGGGAGAAGGGGGGUGGGCAUUGGGGGGUGGUGAGGAGAGGGGUGUUGGGAGCACUGCCAAGGCCGGGGGCUGAGACUGCUGUUGCUUGGAGGGAGGAGGAGAGGGAGCGGGAGAGGGAGAGCGAGAGAAAGAGGGAGGAGGAGAAAGCGUGGGAAGUUGAAGCGUGGGAAUUGGACGAGAGGUUGUGGGCAGCAGCGGGGGAUUGGGGAGAGGGAGACGGGUCGUUUGGAUUGAGAGGUUUGGAUGAGGAGGAGGGUUAUGGGAGCAUUGGGGAGGCGGACGAGGAGGAAGAAGAAGAGUCAGAAGAGGAAGAGGAAGAGAAGGAAGAGGGGGAUGGUGUGUGGGGCGUGAGUGGUGGUUCAGGCGAGGGUGAAGGGAAGAGCGAGGGGGAAGGGGUGCAGGAGCGGGGCGGGGGUUUACUCGCAUUCUUGCAGGGGGAAAUGAGGCGACUUAAAGGGGAGUCGGACGAGGCAGGUGGGGUGAGCAGAGGAGGAAGCGAGGAGAAGGGAGGGAGGGGUGGGGCAGCGUGGGGGGCAGGGCAGGCAGGGGCGUAUGCUGCUGCAGUUCUGGAACGACUGAGGGAGGAGGUGCGCGUGAGAGAAGAGGAACUGGCGAGAGUGAAGGCGAGGGGUGAGGAGCUUGAGAGAGUGGGGAUGCGAGAGCUGCAGCUGCUGCAGGGGCAGUGGGGAGAGGUGGGACCGGCGGAUGGAGGGGAGGAAGGGGAGGCAGGAGGGGAGGAGACAAGGGAGGAGGGAGGGGAGACGACAGGGGAGGAGAGAGGAGAGGAGGGAGGGGAAGGGAAAGGGGAGGGGAAGGGGAAGAGGGCAGGAGGGGGGUUUGGAGUGCAUGUGGAUGAUCCCCUGCUGGCUGCUGUUCUGAGAGACCUCUCCGUGUGCCCGGUUGACUCUGCUGCUGCUGCUGGUGCUGGUGCUGAUGGUGCUGGUGAUGAUGAUGUGGGUAUCACUCCGUUGCCGCGGUUGAACAUCAGCAAGCCCGAGGGAGAGUGGGACCACCAGCAGGAGCAGCAGCGGCGCAAGAAGCCUCAAGGCGGCUUUGAGCGAGAGUGGGAUGGAGUGAGCAGCCUUAACAAGCCAAGCUCUGAUGCAUGUGCUGCUGCUGGUGGGGGUGACUUCAGGGAUUGUGGAAGCUUCUUGGAAGCAGCACAGGGCUGGCUGGAGAAGGUUCAGGAGGGGAGGUCCCAGAUUGACAGUCAGAUGCUCAAAGCGGGCGGCACACUGCAAAAGGCGGGCGGCACACUGCACAAGGCAGGUGCGGCACUUCUUGAUGCGCCUCGGAACACCAUCCAUGCUGCAGGCCAGGCGCUUCCGAACGUGAUUCCGAGCCUGCUGCCUUGCGUCGCUCGCAAGUACGAGAGGCUGAAGAGGCGCGGAUGGGUAGGGGUGCUGCGAGGAGGGGCCAGCGGCGAGGGCAGGGAAAAGGAACGGGGCGGGUGCACGGAUGAAGCACAGCAGGCACGAGACAGCACUGCGAACAGUAAUGCUGUGCAAAGCAGCUCUUCUAGUGUGUCUUCGCGCACUGAGGCACAUGGAGUGAAUGGGGCACAUGGAGUGAAUGGGGCACCUGGUGUGAUGAUGGUCCCGGGUGUUGCAGCAGGGGGGGCAGGGCAUGGAGGAGCGGAUGGGUUCUGGACAGAUCUGAAGGAGAAGGCCCGGCAGUUGAGCGUUGGACGGAAGAGAGGGAGGGAGUGA